AUGGCACCCGUGAAACUGUUCAAGACGCCUCAGUACAGCGUCAAGCAGCCGCCCGAUGCGGCGGUCUGCAAACUCCCCGCCAACGGGAUCCUCUGCGCGCCCUCGGCCAGCGGGAAGACCGUUCUGCUCGUGUCGAUGAUUUUGGAGCAAUAUCGAGGCUGCUUUGAGCGCAUCUUUGUUUUUUCUCCCUCAGUGAUGAUUGAUUCCGCCUGGCAGCCCGUCAAAGACUACGUGCGCGACGAGCUUGGGGUCAACACUGACAGAGAACAGUGCUUUUUUGAAGAUUGGGACGAGGCUGCGCUGCGGAAAAUCAUGGCGGACCAAAAGCGCAUCACCCAGAAGAGCAAGGAGUUGAGCCUCAAAAAGCUCUACCAGGUUCUCGUGGUCCUCGACGACCUAGCUGACAAUCCCGCCGUGCACCGGAAGACAGGCGACGGCGUUCUGGACUCGCUGUUUAGUCGUGGCCGGCACUACUGUAUCUCGAGUUGGGUGAGCACCCAAAAAUUGCGACUUAUGAGCAGCGCCGUGCGGGUCAACACCAUGUUUUACUGCGUCUUCCGCCUGCGGAACCAGCUGGAGCUGGACGCCCUGGUGGAGGAGCUCUCUGCCAUGCUCCCGAAGGAGACCCUAUACGCAAUGUACGAGGAGGCCACGAGGGAGCCCUACAGCUUCUGGUACGUCAAUCUGCGCGCGCCCAAGGAAGACAUGUUUAUGGUUCGCUGGGAUCGGAAGUUUGUCGUAAACGGCGAUGGGUGCUGCACCACGACCACGGGCGUCUACGACCCGAGCCGCUACUGGCCCCCGCCGGAGCGGCCCCGGCAGGUCUCGGAGGAGUCGGCCGUCAGCGAGUUCCCGGCGCGGCGCACGGGGAUUUUCCGCCGUAAGAGAAAGCUCAUGGUGUCUCUGUACGUGGAUUCUCGGAUGCGUACACAGGGCACGGACUCCGACUUCUCCUUUGACAUCGGUGAGAGCGUGCACAUCCAGAGCGGGGCCAAGCUCGCCGUCUACAAGGUGCGCAUCGCCGACGCCUUCCUGAGCACGGACCGCGGCACGUUCCUGUACUGGACGGACACGGUCGCCGACACCCUGCACUACGCCGAGCUCCCCGUGGGCGCGUACACGGGCCCUCGGCUGGCCGCCUGGAUCUCCAGCAACUUCGCCGCGGCCACGUACACCGCGGAGACGAACGAGCUGGACGUUAGCUGGGACGGCGUGCGCCUGAUCCUCAACGACGCCGAGCUCCGGCAGCACUUCCCGGGCACGGGCUCCUACCCGCCGGGCGCCUCCCCCAGCAAGCCCCUGAGCAUCAACCACCUCCUGGGUCCCAGCUACCUCUCGGGCUCCGUGCAGCGCUUCGUCUUCGUACAGAUGAACGUGUACAGUGAAUUGUAUCUCAGGUGCCCGUCGCUGGCCAACGGCGAGACGACGGUGGGCCCGCUGGGCCACGACAUCCUCUGCAAGAUCGUCGUCUCCAAGGGCGUGGGUCACAUCAUGGAGACCCAGACCUCGGAGGGCCACUACGUGAACCUCCACGGGCCCAUCACGCUGCGCCACCUCCGCUUCAAGCUCACCGACUUCCAAGGCAACGUCGUGAACACCAGGGGCACCAGCGUUUCCUUCGUGGUUUUCCUCGAUGCACCCGCUCCUGUGGCCGCCGAGCCACCCGUGGCCGAGCCUCCCGUGGCCGAGCCUGCCGCGCCCGAGCAACCCGAGCCAGCACAGCCCGCACCCGCCCCAGCACAGCCCUCGGAGCCGUCGGUGGUUCCCGCUCCCGAGCCGCCGCAGCGGAAGCGAAGAGGCAGGCCACCGGGCUCCAAGAACAAGCCCAAGCCCGCCCCGCCCACCGUGGCGGUACAACCGGUGGUGGCCGAGCCUCCGAAGGCUCCUCCGACGGCUGCGCCCGCCCCCGAGCCCCCCGCGCCCCCUGCCGCGCAGCCCCCGGAGCCUGAGCGGCCCGUCCGCAUGACGCCCUCGGAGGCCCGCCACGCCCGGCACCUCUCCCGCGCCGACCGCUUCCACGAGCGCAACGAGGCGGCCAUGUUGAGGGCCUUCCACAAGCAAUACCCAAGCUACAACCUGACGCCGCUGCUCUACAAGCGGCAGCAGCAGCUCAUCGAUGCGCGGGCCUUCAACGAGUGGCUGGCCAACCGGCGGCUGCGCCAGGAGGGCGAGAGCUACGCGGACGAGGUCGGGCGCAUGACCGACGCCGUGAACCGCAGGAUCCCCCAGCUGAGGUGGGCCCCCGCCGAGCGGGCGGGCGUGCGCCGCAUGGCGCGGGACGUGGCCGCCGGCCGGAACACGGCGGCGACGGAGAGCGACUGGACGGAGGAGGAGAAGCGCGACUGGUACAGGGAGCGCCCGGACGACGCGGAGUACUACCAAGUCCAGCGCGACCUCUUGCGGGACGGGCUGACCCGCAAGGCGCAGCUGACGCAGCUCGCGCCCCACCGGGAGGGCGGCCCGAUGCUCUGGGCCAUCGGCCUGGAGGGCCCGUCGCCCCUGAAGCGCCCCGAGGCGGAGCAGUACCACCCGCUGCACGUGAGCCUGGCCUUCGACGACGAGCUCUCGGAGGAGCAGAAGGAGGACCUCCUCCGCGAGUGGGGCGAGGAGCGCGAGGUCACGCUGCAGUUCCACGGGCGAGCUCUCCCUCAACUGGGUAAAGACAUGGAGGAGCGGCGCGCGCACGGCUUCCGCGUCAAGCCCUCCUACUCUCAGGUCCUGGGCUUCAUCGCCGAGGGCGAGCCCCUGCCGAUCAACCUCCCGAACCGCAACGCCAGCAUCUACACCUCCAGCCACUUCUGGCUGGACGCCAACGAGGGCUACGAUGGCGUGCCCUUCCCGAGAAGGGACUUCCUGCGCCCGCGGCCCUUCGACAUGGAAAGCGACUCCGACUUCGGCGCCGUGGCCCCUCCGCAGAUCAUCGGGAGGCCCAGCGAGGUGGAGCCGCUCCUGGAGCGGGCGGGGCAGCGGGCCCAGGAGGUGGAGCGGGCCGCGGCCCGAGACAUCGAGCAGUUCAUGAGCGAGCAGAUGGCCGAGGCCGAGGCGACCGAAGGGUACGCCACCGUUGCCGAGGCGGCCGCGGGGGCAGCGGAGGCGGCCACGGCCGCGGAGGCGGGAGGAGGCACGCUCGCGGGCAUCGGCUCCGGGCUGGCCGCCGCCGCGCUGCCCGUAGCCGCCACGCUGGAAGCGGCGGCGGGAGGCCUGGCAGUGGCGGGCGCGGGUGCAGCUCUCGUGGGCACCGCGUGGGCGCUGCACGGGGGCAUGGUGGCGGCAGAGCACCUGAUGGGCUGGGGGGGAGGAGGCGGAGGCACCGACACGGACGCCUCCCGCCCCAGCUCCGCGCCCGACAUCCAGACCCUCAACGGCAUGCAGGAGUUUGGGGCGGAGCAGCACUUCCAGGUCCGGGAACAACGCCCAAGGCCCCAGGUCUACCGCAUGGACACCGAGAGCGAGGCCGAGCCGCGGGCCCAGCCAGCGCCCAGGGUGCAGGCCCGCCCCGCGAGGCCCACGCGCUUCCCCACGGGCCUCAACCCCGCUCCCCUGGCGCAGUCCUCGGGCAGCGACUCCUCCCGGCCUCGGAUGCAGCGUCAGGCCUCAGACAGGUCCCGCGCGGCACCACCGCCUUCCUUCGAGGCGCUUCGCAGCGCGAGCGAGCCGGAGGCCGCGUGA